AUGACCACCACCCCCAAACCCCUCUCCUUCUUCGGCGCCACCGGCGACUCCACCGCCCACUGCCUCGCCCACUCCCUCCGCUGUUCCCACCCCUGCGUCGCCCUCGCCCGUACCCCCACCAAACUCACCACCAGCCUCAGAGCCAAAAACGUCUCCGACGCGCAACUCGACCAGUACCUCACAAUCAUCCCCGGCGACGUCCGAGACCUCGACGCCGUCAAACGCACCCUCCUCACCGCGGACGGGAAAGGUGUGGCGGAGAUGGUGGUUGUGGGGGUGGGGAGUUAUCCGACCUGGCAGUGGAGUGUCACGGAGCCGAUUGUGCAGACGGAUCCGAAGAUUUGUCAGGACGCUGGAGCGAGGAUCCUGCAAGCGCUUGAGGAGCUGAAGCCGGUGAGGAAGCCGUUGUUGGUGAAUGUGUCGACCACCGGCAUACCGCCGCAGGGAAAACCGUGGGAUGUGCCGCGGUUGUUUUCGUGGCUCUACCGCGUGCUGCUGCAUAACGCGCACGCGGAUAAGAUUGUGCUGCAGGAGCGGUUGGGGGAGUAUAUGCGGCGGCCGGAAGCGGAGAGGGGGAUCAGGGGGUUUGUGAAUGUGAAGGCGAGUUUGUUGAUGGAUGGGGAGGCGUUGGGGGUGGAGAAGGUAAGGGAGGGGAUGGAAGAUGAGCCGGCGGUGGGGUAUACGAUUCGCAGGGCGGAUGUUGGGGGGUGGAUGUUUGGGCGGUUGGUGAAGGGGCGUGUGAGGGAGGAGUGGGUGGAUAGGGGGGUGUGUAUUACUUACUGA